AGCAGCAGCAGCAGCAGCAGUAGUGAUCAGGAGGGGGGGGUGAUAUCAGAGGGGUGAACAGUGUGAAUCCCGACUGUCUGAAAGGUGAAGGACGCGGCUGACCUUCGCCGGUCAUGGAGGACACGCUCACCUGCAGCCCCGCCACCUUCUCCCAGGUGUUUGGACGGCAGGGACAGCUGAUGCAGGCCACGGUGCAGUCUCUGAACAGUCUGAAUGAUCAGAUCGCUCACUUCAUGGUGAACAGACCCAACUCACUGAGUCACGAGGAGGCGGCGUUUCUCCCCACUGAGAAAGACACUCUGAAACAGAGCAUGACCCUGAUGAGACACCUGCUGAUGGACGCUCAGGGUAAAAUCCUGAAGAUGAUGGAGGACAAUAAGCAGCUCGCGCAGAGGAUCGAUGGAGCGAUUCAGUCCGCCAGUCAGGAGGUGACCAACCUGCGCUCAGAGCUCUCCGCCACCAGCAGCAGACUGGCCGAACUGGGAGCCAGCAGCCCCGAGAACCACCAGCUCAACCACCACACACACGAUCCGGUGGUCCAGCACAGGCAGAAGACGCUGGUGUCUGAUUUCUGCUUCCAGACGGAAAUGUCCAGCCUGAUGGAUUUCAGCACCGCAGAUUCUUCUCUGAAUAAAGUGCUGCUGAGGGAGGAAGUGGCUCAGCUGCAGGAGGAAGUUCACCUCCUGAGACAGAUGAAGGAGAUGCUGAGUAAAGAUCUGGAAGAGUCUCAGGGCUGUCCGGCGAACACACUGUCGGCCGCCGAGCUCCGGGUUCAGCUCGGGGAGAAGGAGCAGGAGCUGAACCGAGCCAAAGAGGCCUUACAAGCUAUGAAAGGUGAUCGUAAGAGGUUAAAGGUGGAGAAAGCUGAGCUGGUGAAUCAGAUGCAGCAGCUUUACACCACGCUGGAGAGCCGAGAGGAGCAGCUCCGAGAUUUCAUUCGUAACUACGACCAACACAGAAAGGAGAGUGAGGACGCAGUGAAGGUGUUAGCUAAAGAGAAGGAUCUGUUGGAGAGGGAGAAAUGGGAUUUACGUCGACAGACGAAAGAAGCGACAGAACACGCGAACCUGCUGCGAUCUCAGAUCGACAUGAAGGAGAACAGGAUCAAAGAGCUGGAGGCGGAGCUUACUAUGGCGAAGCAGUCUCUGGCGACUUUAACUAAAGACGUGCCGAAGCGUCACUCGGUGGUGAUGCCGGUGGAGCCGGUGGUGAACGGGAGUCAGGAGUGGGUGAUGCAGGCGGAGCUUCCUCUAACUGCAGCCAUCAGACAGAGUCAACACACACUGUACCACUCACACCCUGCAGAGAGACAAGCGGCGUUGCGGAUCAGUCCCUGUCACUCCCGUCAGCCCUCCGUCCUCUCGGACGCUUCGGCGGCGGACGGCGACCGAUCGUCUACACCCAGCGACAUCAACUCCCCGCGGCACCGGACUCACUCUCUCUGCAAUUCUAUGGAGGAUCUGGAGGAUCAGAAGCGUAAGAAGAAGAAGGAGAAGAUGAGUCUGGGUUCUCUUUCUCGGGUUUUCGCGAGGGGAAAGUCUCAGAGGAAGUCUCUGGACCCGGGUCUGUUUGAUGGUACUUCCACACCUGAUUAUUAUAUAGAGGAGGAUGCCGACUGGUGAUUAGCCUGAAUGAGUGUGAGUGUGUGUGUGUGUGUGUGUGUGUGAGAGGUGUGUGUGUGUUUGCUGUAUCCCCUCAAAUACAGCAGGAAGGAGGAAUAAAACUGCUGCCUGCUUGAAAUGUACAUAAUACACUGCAAAUAAUGUAUGUAAAUGAAAUAUAUAUAUAUAUAUUUAUAUAUGUAGGCAUAUGUACAUAUGUUUACAUAAGUAUAAAUAUAUAAAUGGGAUUCUUUGCGUGUGAAUAUGUUUAUGCUGUGUUAUAACGCUUUUGUUUGUGGUAAUAUAUGUCUCUUUUUUUAUAAACUGGAAACUUGAAUUUUGCUGUGCGUUUUUGUAAAUAGGCGUUCCUGUGCACCUUGUGUUCAUUAUGUCUCUGUCCUGGAUGCUUCUGUUCCAUUUUCAAGCUUAAUGUAGCGUUCUCGUCUCCAUCUGCCACACGGCUCAUCCUCAUAUCAUCACUGAUGUUUACUCAGCUUUUAUUACUCGAGAAUUAUUAGCAAACUAUUGUGAUAGAAUUUCAGCUGAAGUUUUGAGUUGAAGUAGGACUGUACUCAAACAACGGCCGCUGUUAUUAAAUAUUAAAUAAGUAUGAAUUAUACACACACACACAUUAAUCCUCACCACGUCACAGCAUUAUCCUAUACAGAGCAACGUUCUACACAGAGUUUCAUUUAUACCAAAAAAAGGAGAGUUAAUUAUACAAAAAACUACUAAUAAGUGUGAUAUCAGUACUUGCAGAGCGGAUAUAGAGUUGUAGGCAGUACUAUAGAGGGGUAAUAAUCUUAUAGAUCUCAGUAGAGGAGAUAUAUCAGUGUUACAGUGCUGUAUCAGAUAUGCAGCAUCUAGAAGCUGAUUAAUAAUCACUGUACUGUUUGUUGGCAGGUGGGAUGUAAUAUAACCAGACCUGAACCAUGAUACCUUUUUACUUUAUCAGACUAAACACACAAUACACGCUUACACACACUCAUACACACUCAUACACACUCAUACACACUCAUACACACUCUAUCACAUGCAUAAGCAUUAUUUACGAUAUUCUAUGAAGUAUAUCUCAGCCCUGACUGUGGCUCUGAUUCCUGUAUUUGCACAGAAAGACUAGUGAAGAUUCUGGCAGGACAGAACCGAACCUCCCGCUGAUCCCAACCCUUAAUAAACAAGUGCCAAAGGUUUUAGUUCAUUCCUAAUAUAUAGAUAUAGAAUAUCUCUCUCUCUCUCUCUGGGCCCUAUCUUACACUCUGCGCAAGGCAGGUAGCUGCACCGUUAAAAUAGGAACCCGCCAAAGUCAGAGCUCACCUGACUCUUAAAGUGAUGAAAGAAUGAAAGACUUGAUUGAUUAAUUAAGAGAAUUAGUACUAGUAUUAAUAUUCCUGUUUUCCUGUCACAAUAGAAACAAUGUGGAUCACUAAAAUAGGGCCCUUUUCCUCUCUCUCUCUCGCUCUGCAGAAACAGCAGUCAGAUGCAUAUCCUGCAUUGCUUUCAUAACCUACUUCUGAUUUAUUAGCGAGGGCCAAUGAUGUCAUGCUUUUCUCACUGUGCUGAAGCGUAUCAAACGCACUCUUUUCUUUCCUAAGCUUUUCUUUGCAUUGUGAGGCACUGAUCUGUUCUGUUAAAUUAAUCUUCCUUCCUGUUCGUUCUAAUGAUUUUUAUGUUGAAAGGUCUGUAAUGUAAAAUAUGUCAGAUAUAAGAGUCGAUCUAUUAAAGACAUUUAUUUAAAGAUUAGCAAAGAAGUUAUUAUUUCAGUGCAUAAAGACAGAGGUUUUAACAUUCUGGAAAUAAAUAUGAUUAAAAAGAUCAAAAUAAAAGCUUAUUUUAAAAUAAAACACAUAACCCGA